AUGGCCCCUCCCAAGGUCUUCUCCCUCGAGGGCAAAGUCCUCAAACUCGACAGUGCAGAGGACAUGAAUGCGCACAUUCAGCCCUUGAUUGAAAACGCCGACUACACAGAAAUCCGUCUCGGUGGAAACACCCUGGGCAUUGACGCCUCCAAGCGCCUCGCCGAGGUCCUGCAGACCCAAAAGUGCCUCGAAGCUGCCUAUCUCGACGACAUCUUCACCGGUCGUCUCCUGACGGAAAUCCCCACUGCUUUGAAUUCGCUCCUGAACGCCAUCCUCAAGAUCCCGACCGUCCACACCGUGAACCUUAACGACAAUGCUUUCGGUCUCAGAACUCAGGCCCCGCUUAUCGAAUUCCUCUCGCGGCACGUGCCUCUCCGCCACCUCAUCUUGAACAACAAUGGACUCGGCCCUGCCGCCGGAUCUCAAGUCGCUGAUGCGCUGUCAAAGCUGGCUGAGCGCAAGGAGGAAGCUCGCAACUGCGGCGAGGAGGUUGCGCUGCUGGAGAGUGUUGUCUGCGGACGGAACCGCUUGGAGAACGGCAGUAUGGAGGCCUGGGCUCGGGCCUACAAGGCCCACGCGGCCGGCCUGAAGUCGGUUAAGAUGACACAGAACGGCAUCCGAUCGGAGGGUAUCUCCCACUUGUUGACUCAGGGUCUCUACCACGCGCAUUCCCUGGAGGUUCUGGAUCUGCAGGACAACACUUUCACCAAUGUGGGCUCCACUGCUCUGUCCAAUGCCUUGUCUGGCUGGCCGUCUCUGCGCGAGCUUGGUGUCGGCGACUGUCUGCUCUCUGCCCGUGGUGGUGUGAAGGUUGCCAAGGCUUUGGCGGCGAACAAGAACCAGAAGCUCCAGACUCUGCGUCUGCAGUACAACGAGAUGAAGGCGGAAGCUGUCAAGGGCUUCACCCAUGCAGCCAAGACUGCGCUUCCCAGCCUCCGUCGCGUCGAGCUCAACGGAAACAUCUUCUCCGAGGAUGACCCUAAUAUUGUUGACCUGCGUGAGCUCUUGGAGGCUCGACAGGAGGAGCACGGUACCGACGAGGACCCGGAGGGUACAUGGGGUGUUGAUGAGUUGGAUGAACUUGAGGAGGAAGAUUCGGAAGAAGAGGAUGAAGAAGAAGAGGAAGAGGAAGAGGAGGAAGAGGAGGAAGAAGCCAAGGCUGAGAAGGACCUCAAGGACGCCGAUCUUGUCGAGGAAGAUAAGGUCGCUCAGAAAGAUGACAAGGACGUCGAUGACCUGGCCGAUGUUCUGGGCAAGACAGCUAUCUAA